AAGACUUUAUUUUCUUACCUUGCGUUCUUAUUCUAAAUUAAAGAAGUUUGGAGAUUUAGUGUCGUAUGAGACCAGAGGUGCUGUUUUUUUUGUUUGGUUUUUUUUUUUUUUUCGGACGCUGGACCUAAGGAUCUCAAACUUAUUUUUAUGUCCGGAAGUCCUUCUUGUGGAAAAAUUCUACAGGAUGAGUGAGACCUUUCGGGGUUUGACUUGAGACCUUGUCUUAGAAUCUGAUCACUGCACUUAAUGUCUGAGUGGGGACCCCUUUCUGUGCUGAAACCCCACAUUAAUUAGCGUAGGAACUAGAGAGAGAGAAGUUAACUGUUUUCGCCAUUUAAGAGAUGUCUGUAGAGAUUAAUUAACUUGCUGAAGGAAGUGUUCUGUAGUUCUGGCAUCCACCCUAACCACGGCUACAGUGUGGAACAAUUCCCCGCGGGUGUGUCUAGGUACAGCUUAUUAAUUUUCCCUCUUUCCCUCUAGGUGAUUUUCCUUCAUGGAUUGGGAGAUACAGGGCAUGGAUGGGCAGAAACCUUUGCAGGUAUCAGAAGUUCACAUAUCAAAUAUAUCUGCCCGCAUGCACCAGUUAUGCCUGUAACAUUAAAUAUGAACAUGGUUAUGCCUUCUUGGUUUGAUAUUAUUGGACUUAGAGUAGAUUCACAGGAGGAUGAACCUGGAAUUAAACAGGCAGCAGAAAGUGUUAAAGCUUUGAUAGAGCAAGAGGUGAAGAAUGGCAUUCCUUCAAAUAGAAUCAUUUUGGGAGGAUUUUCUCAGGGAGGAGCUUUAUCUUUAUACACUGCUCUUACCACACAUCAGAAACUGGCAGGUGUCACUGCACUCAGUUGCUGGCUUCCACUGCGGACUUCAUUUCCAGAGGGUCCUAUCAGUGGUGUUAAUAGAGAUAUUUCUAUUAUUCAGUGCCAUGGAGAAUCUGACACUUUAGUUCCCCUAAUGUUUGGCACUCUUACUGCUGAAAAGCUAAAAACAUUGGUAAAUCCAGCCAAUGUAACCUUCAAAACCUAUGAAGGCAUGAUGCAUUGUUCAUGUCAACAGGAAAUGAUGGAUAUCAAGCAAUUCAUCGAUAAACUCCUACCUCCAGUUGAUUGACAUCACUAAGGGGCCUUGUGUAGAAGUACACACCAGCAUCAUUGUAGUAGAGUAUAAACCUUUUCCUGUGCCCGAUCUUAAAAAUUACAAUGUUUGCAGUGUUAAAAUAUUUUGCAAAUACACACCAAUGACACAGACUAAAUAUCUUCUUGUAGGAAAUUUAUGAUCUUUCAAAUUUCAAUACAUGUAUUUGUAUAAUAUGAUCCAGAAUAUACUAGCAUUAAAAUAGGUGAAGCAGCUGGCUUCUUUUUCCCAAAUUUAAUUUGGCAAAAUAAUAAAAUACUGCAACCAGAUUUUCUAUCACAUCAUUUGAAAAUUUUUAGUAUGCUUAAUGAAAACUUGUUCAGGUAUAAAUGAGCAGUUAAGACAUAAACUAUUUAUUAAUACUGUGACUUAGUCUAUGGACUUAUUCCAAAAUUACUUAGUCACCAUGCAGUAUGUGUAUUUUUAUAUAUGUAUUCAGAUAUACUUAAUGAUUAUAAUACAGAAAAAGAAUGUGGUGUUAUUACACUAUACCUAACAGUAGGGAUACUGCUUCUAAGUGUCAAUAAAGAGGAAUAUUGCUCUCUUCAGUGAAUGGCCCUUUUAUUUGGGGGACCAGGCUUUUCUUUCCCUAUUACAAUUUCUUUAAAAUUGUAUUUAUUUAUUGAUUUUAGAGAGAGAGGAAGGGAGAAAGAGAAAAAGAAACAUCA